AUGAACACUGUCCUCUCCCUUCUCCUCGCCAGUCUGGCAGUCACCUCCGCGCAGGUCGCCAUCAACGGACCAUUCCUCGGCCGCUACUACGUCGCCGCUAAGCCAGUGUUGGCGCCAGGAGUCGCUCCACUCGCCGCCCCGGUACUCGCCGCCGCUCCACCAGUCUUCGCCGCACCGGCUCCACUUUUGGCUCCACCAGUGCUCGCCGCCCCACCAGCACCAGUCUUCGCUGCUCCACCAGCACCAGUCUUUGCCGCUCCACCAGCACCAGUAUUCGCUGCUCCACCAGCACCAAUGUUGGCUGCUCCAGCGCCACUCUUGGCUCCACCAGUCCCACCAGUCGCCCCAAUGGUUCCAGCCUUUGCUCCAGCUCCAGUCAUCGCUCCAAGACCUGUCUUCGCUGCUCCAGCUCUUGCUCCAGCUCCAGCCUUCGCUCCAGCCUUUGCUCCAGCUCCAGUUGUCGCUGCUGCUCCAGCAUUCGCUCCAGCCUUCGCUCCAAGACCAGUGUUCGCUGCUCCACCAGCUCCAGUCCUCGCUGCUCCAGGUUUGGCUCCAGCCUUCGCUCCAGCCUUCGCCCCGGCUCCACUCGUCCCAGCCUACGCUCCAUUCGCCCGCUCCGCUUUCCUCAUCGGAGGAAACAAGGCGAAGAAGGUGUCCGAGUAA